CCCUGGAAGGAAGGAAGAAACUGUGCGUGCAAGUGCAGGCAAGUCUCUCGGCGGCAGGGGGCUAGGAUGCCUGCUUCUUCCUUGUUAAUAAAAGAGGUGCGGGUUCAAAACGCUGAGUCAGAAGGUGGACAGGCAAACCUCCACCUUCAGACUAGCAGGCUCCUCCAGAAGCCAUUAGACAGAAAGGCGUGAAAACCCCAGAGCUCAAGCCCGAGUCAUCAGGUGGGACCUCGGCUUGGGGUCAGAGUCGCAGGACAGACCUAGUUGUUCCUCCGAGGGGACACCUCCCCCUGGAUUUCCCUCUCAGCCCGGGUAGAAGUUUCGACACGUCUGCUUCACUUUUUUCCUGCCGGAGAGCCCUGACCGCCACCAAGCCUUGGGUCACACACAGCGUGGACAGCAGCGGCCACUCUAAUCACAGCAGCAGCUGUCGCAGCGACAGCAGGCAGCUGCCCUCCUGAAGGUGUCGUGCAGGUGAAAAACCCAGCACCCUGGCCAGGAUUUAAAUUUGCCUCCACAAUGGAAGAUGUUAACUGGGAGGACUUCAACCUUGAAGAUUUCUUCGAUGGAGAUUUCAGUAAUUACAGUUACAGCACUGACCUGCCCAAUAUUCUACCAGAUUCUGCCCCAUGCCGGCCAGAAUCCCUGGAAAUCAACAAGCAUGCUGUCGUCGUCAUCUCUGCCCUGGUGUUCCUGCUGAGCCUGCUGGGAAACUCCCUGGUGAUGCUGGUCAUCUUGUACAGCCGCGUCGGCCGCUCUGUCACCGACGUCUACCUGCUGAACCUGGCCAUGGCCGACCUGCUCUUCGCCCUGACCUUGCCCAUCUGGGCCGCCUCCAAGGUGAACGGCUGGAUUUUUGGCACAGCCCCGUGCAAGCUGGUGUCGCUCCUGAAGGAAGUCAACUUCUACAGUGGAAUUCUCCUGCUGGCCUGCAUCAGCGUGGACCGCUACAUGGCCAUUGUCCACGCCACACGCGCUCUCACCCAGAAGCGCCACUUGGUCAAGUUCAUAUGUCUGGGCAUGUGGGCCCUGUCCCUGUGCUUAUCCCUCCCCGUCAUAAUUUUCCGAAAGGCCAUGUACCCGCCCUCCUCCGGCCCAGUCUGCUAUGAGGACAUGGGCAACAGCACAACCACGUGGCGGAUGGUGCUUCGGAUCCUGCCCCAGACCUUCGGCUUUGUCCUGCCCCUGCUGGUCAUGCUGUUCUGCUACGGAUUCACCCUGCGCACGCUGCUUAAGGCCCACAUGGGGCAGAAGCACCGGGCCAUGCGGGUCAUCUUUGCUGUGGUCCUCGUCUUCCUGCUCUGCUGGCUGCCCUACCACCUGGUCCUGCUGGCAGACACCCUCAUGAGGACCCAUGUGAUCUCGGAGACCUGUGAGCGCCGCCACAACAUUGACCGGGCCCUGGAUGCCACCGAGAUUCUGGGCUUCUUCCACAGCUGCCUCAACCCCGUCAUCUACGCUUUCAUUGGCCAAAAGUUUCGCCAUGGACUCCUCAAGAUCCUGGCCACCCAUGGCCUGAUCAGCAAGGAGCUCUUGCCCAAGGACAGCAGGCCUUCCUUUGCUGGCUCUUCCUCAGGAAACACGUCCACUACCCUCUGACACUCCUGCCUCAGUGCGGCCCCUCGGGGUUCCGCCCUCCCCCUCAGUGUCCCAUUCCAAGCCCCAAAUCCACAGGCUAUUCAUGGUGUAAGUGUCACUGCAGCCCCUAUUGUGGUUACAGGAAGGGGCAGAGGCCACGUCCUUGCCAGGCCCCUACUGUGUGGUUUGGGAAGUCUGCCCUGGUGCCCACUUCUUGCCAUUAUCACUGGGCCAGUGCUAGAGCUCUGUCCAUCCUGCCACUGGCCACAGCACUCUGCUUUCUAAGAAGUGCCCAUCAAAGCCACAGUGAGAAGCCACGUCACAUUCAUUAGGAUGGCUCUUAUCAAAAGA